AUGGAAGGUGACAACAUGGCCGAAUAUGGGCGUCCUGCCAAACGACCUCGGGUCUUGGUCGCAUGUCAGAGAUGCAAAAGCCGACGACAGAAGUGCGACAACUCGAGCCCAGCCUGUUCAAAUUGCGACAAGGCAAAUGUAUCGUGCGUAUACAGCAACCAAGCCUACCCAUCCUCUUACGUCAAGAGGCUGGAAGAGCGAGUUCGCCAACUCGAGGCGAAUGAAGCGGCCGACCAGUGUUCUUCAACCCAGGUUCCCACUACCGGGAAUCUUUGUUCAAGACCAGCGGGGGACUUUCCAACCACUGUUCCUUCUGAGAGUCCUUCUUCAAGCCGUUCACCAGAAAUUACCGAUGUGACCUCUGUAGCCGAUCGUUCUGGUCAACUUGCGUUAGGUUUGGGGGUCUUGUCUUCGUGCGCAGGGGCUGAACCUCAUUACUUUGGCUUCUCAGCUGGCCUAAGCCUUGCACAUUUCGUUCAAGUUGCAAUCGACACAGGCGAAAACCCUGUAGAUGUUUCUCUACCUCAGCUCGCAGACAGACCAUUUUCUCACCAAGUGCCAAAGCCCAACACCACGUUGGCCGAACCUCCCACAUAUAAUGCAGGAGCUAGUUAUAUACGGGCUUAUCUGGCCCUUGUGCAUCCACUGUAUCCUUUCUUGGACUUGGACAGGCUGUGGCAAUUACAUCGUUCUAUCACCAAACGACGAGGCAGACAAGAAUCUGCUAGCCCUGAACAGAUUGACUUGACGAUAUUGCAUUUGGUGUACGCCAUCGGGUCCAGAUGCCUUCAGCUUCUACAGAAAUUUAACAUUUCGAGCACAGUCUCCGAGGGACAUUUCCUCCGAGCGAUGGAACAUAUUCGUCAGGACCUCAAAUUUACAAGUGCGAAGUCUAUCGAGGUGACGUUACUUCUGGCCAUUCAUUCAAUGCGCUCCCCCUAUGGUAUCAGUGUAUGGCAUCUUGCCGGCCUGGCUAUUCGUCAGUGUCUCGAACUCGGACUACACAAACAACGUCUCGUAGAUCGCCAGAAUGUAGAGUUAGACCAAUAUCGGAAAAGACUGUUUUGGAGUGCCUAUAUUUUUGAGAGGAAAACAGCCUUAGUUCUAGGUCGGCCAUUUGCUCUCUCAGACGAAGAAAUUGAUCUUCCUUUGCCAGCGGAUAUGAAAGAUGGGAAUGUUGCUACUACUCAAGACGACACGCGCCAAAACGACCCGAACCACACGUCGCAGUACGAAACGACUCUACUGUUUCACCGACAACAUAUUCAACUUUACCAAAUCCACAGCGAAAUUCGCCUGGCCCUGUUACGCAUGAAGAAAGUCCCAUUAAAGGAGGACCUGCGAACUACGACGUCCAAAUUGCUUCAGCAGUUAGACCGGUGGAAAAGACAAGUUCUGACAACAUUCCGGGAAGACAUUUCUGAGGCAUCUGAUAAUACCAGAAGGCUUACAGACCCUUUUCUGGAACAGGACAAUGCUGACAGCGAGUCGUCGUCUUCAGAAGCUCCCCAGCACCAAUCCUUAGUCAACAGACCUGUGGAGAUGGAAAAGAAUGAGCUUCUACUAGAAUACCACAAAGCACGAAGGUCUUUGCUUCAACCCUUGAUGACGGAAAACUGUCACAGUCGCCCAUUUGAGAUAGCUGACUACGCGGCAUGCGCCGAGUCAUCUGGGCAAAUAUGCCGGCUUUAUAGGCGCCUCCAUCGUCUCUCACCUAUUCCAUUCUCACUGAGAGAUCUCCACGCCGUUUUUCUUGCUGGGUUCACGUUACUUUACUGUAUCCGUGCUUGUCCCUCGAUAUAUUCCGUGGAGCGCGUUGGCGAUGUUGGGGCCUGUUCCACUGUAUUAUAUGUCAUUACAGAACAGUGGUCAAGCGCAAAGAAGUACCGUGAUGCUUUCGAGACAAUCGCAGAGAAGAUGCUUGAUACCGUGAAAGGACAGAAUCUUGGAGGUCAAGGUAAUGAAGGCUCGUCAAGCCAAGAGACACAUUGCGCGACAACGGUUAACAGACCGAAACGAAGACAAUCUCACGUAUCACAUGCACUUGAUGGGAAUGUACAUAUCACAUCGAACUAUGUGAAUGGGAAUGAGUACGAAGCUUGGAGAGAUUCUACAGGGCGUUCUGGAAUUCGGGGACACGCCUCUGAAGAUGUACAUGGGCAGUCCCCGUUAGGGUUGACUCGACCAACUUCCUUGCUACUUGAUGUAGACCAAUCUGCUAGUGCUACCAAUGUCGUCUCUCAUGCCCAUCAAGGCAUAGACUGGGGCUUGGAUGAUGACAUUUUAGAUAUUGAGAAACUACUCUCAAGCGAGGGACUGCAAUGGUUUACUGGGGCCGUUCUGUAG